CUCUCUCUCUCUAAAGAUUACCCCAUCUUUUCUCCACACCCACACAACAACACCUUUCUUCACCCUCUUCUUCCUUUAUUCACGCUGGUUGCACUCGAGAUUCCUCCUUCUCUCCCUCUCUCUCUCUUUCUCUCCCACAAAAAAAAACAGAAUUGAGGCCCAGAGGAAAUGGAUUUCUCAGAAACCACCUCCUGAACAUCUCUUAGGCCCUGAUGGCUCAGUUUUAGUUUUGCAAAAAAUGGAAUUCACAUAUCCCAAUGCCUGCUCACUUUCUUAGUACCAUCAACCACCACAACAUCUCUCUCUCUCUCUCUCUCUAGCACACAUGGAGCUUACAGAACUCAACCUCUGCAGAACCCACUUCCAAGACCUUCUCCUAGACCUCCAUGACUUGCUCUCUCUAGCAUGCUCAUACCCCAUCUACUCCCUUUACAUCAUAUUUUUUUCCCCUUACCUUCUAAGGGCCCUCUUCUUUCUCUCUCCUCUCCUCCUCUCCACAUCUCUCUUCCUCCUCAUACUCAUCAGCAUCACACCCCAGCAAAAAGACCCACCUCAAGAAUCUCACCAUGAACACAGCCCAAGUUCCCCAUACAUCAGUGGCUUCUUACCAAAUGUCUCACUCAUGGUGGUGAGCUUAGUUAGAGCUCAACUGGGUGAAAAAGUAGAAAUUCAGCUGCUUCAAGUCCUUGACUUCAUUGAAGCAGGGCUAAGAGUUUCAGAGGAAGAGUUAAGCCUAGAGUCCCUUGAAGCAGUUCUGGGAGUUUCAGAGGAAGAGUUAAGCCCAGAGUCCCAGACCAGUUCUAUAGGUGAGGAAGAUAUGGGGAAUGUAGAGAGAGAGAGUGGUAAAUUGGGAGAUGGGGGUGCCUCAAACAAGUCUAUGAGGAGAGAGAAAGAGUGGAAGAGGACCCUGGCUUGUAGGCUUUUUGAGGAGAAGCAAAACAAGUGGAGAGAGACAUUGGGUGGGAAGCUUAUUGUGGAUGGGUUUGGUGUUUCAGGGGAAGAGAGUGGAGAAGGAAUGGACAUUUUGUGGGAGGUUUAUGAGGACACAGUGAAAAAAGGGGAAGAUUUGGGGGCAAAGAGUAAAAGGAUGGUGCUGAACAGUAAAGGGAAAAUUAGGGGAAAGGAAGGGAAAAUUAGGGCUUUGGGGAGAGUUGGUGGUUUUGAUCUUGACAGGAGUGAUGAAGAAGAAGAAGAAGAGGAGGAUGAUGAGCCUCAACUUUGUUGCCUAAAUGCAUUGAGAUUCUCAACUGGGAAGAUGUCAUUUGGGCUUAGGAGGCCAAAUUUGAUGAAAAUUUCCAAGGCUCUCAAAGGUUUUGGGCUUCUCCACCAUGUGAGUCCUAGUAAGAAGCCUAAACCCUAAUUGGGUCAUCAUCUUUAAGCAUGGUUUUUCUUUGCCAUGUUUUUCCUUACCUCAUGAAGUGGGGGCAAUGAUAAGUUAUAUAAUUUGCCCAAAGAAGAUAUCUAAUUUCCCCAAUGAAAGAGUUGUUAACCUUUCUUGGCAUCAGUUUUCAAGGUAAAUCCUUGAGGUUGUAACACAUGAAAGGUUCUCAAGGUCAAGCAAUAAGGGGCACAUACAAAACAUAGGUGUGGUGAUCUUGGACCAUAGCUUGGCACAAUUGGGGCAUGGCAUAAUAUGAUAGUAGGUGAGAUUCUUUAUUAAUGUUGAUUUCACCUAAUGAGGUGUUUUUAUGUUUUUUUGAGUUUUUCACCUACUUGUAUUAACAAUUAUGUGAUGCCCUUUCACAGCUUUGUGGUUUGGAGUUUUUAUCAUGGAUAAACCUUGGUUGCAUGUAAAAAUCCUAAGCUUACCAGUGAA